AAUUGGAGCUACAUGUUUGUCAUGACCAGAAUGAUGGCUGGUUUCAGUGAAUUAGGAAGUGGCCAGAGGGAAAGAUGGAUCCCAAGGCUUCGGAUAUUGACGGUCAAACGAUUGAUGUUCGUUUUCCUACUGGUAGAUAUGAUCUUUUUGAGAUUUUACAUCUCACAGGUUUCCUCAAGGCCACAUUUGUCCUUUACGACUCGCCGCUCGCUUGUAUUCCUGGAGCGCCCUCUACCGGUCAGUCAGGAAACAAAUGCCAAGAAGCCCUAUCUUGAUGUGGUGUGUGUAUUUCCCCUCAUGGACACGGUUGAGUGGUCCAAGGCCAGGUACUCCCACGUGAACGGCACCGAGCUGAUAAAUCGGGAGAAGGAGUAUAUUGUCAGUCUAAAAAGAAACCUAAACCACUCAUCCGUAUUGUCCGUCCAUUUGUUCAGCCACAAACCAGAACAGUUGUACGAGAAACUCACAGUACAGUAUGGCGUCGACAUGAAAAAGGUGGUCUUCUACAACUCCACGGAGAAUCCAACCUACCAAGAAAUGUUUGGUUACGUGUCUCGCUUUUUACAAGGACGUUUCAUUAUGAUUCUCAACGCGGACAACUAUAUGGGAGACGGUUUUGUGGACUUGGAUUUGGACUAUCUGAGAAAGAAUAAGGUGAUGUACUCCUUGACACGGAGAUUUCCUGUCCCGAUGCCAACCGGAUGUCGGGUAACUAACAAGGCGCACUGUGAACAGAACAGUGCCUAUCUUGGUUCUCAUGACUCGUUCCUGUUCUUUGUCGCCUCACAACUCCCGGGGAACUUCCUAGCUGAACUCAAUUAUCCAAGUCAUGUUUACGGAUCAGAAAACAUAGCCAUUUGGGCUUUCAAGCAUAUCCUUAAAUUUUCUGUGUUGAAUCCUUGCAAGAAGGUGCACAUUCAUCACCUCCACUGCACUGCCAUCAGCGCCAAAGGACGGAUAAGGCUAAAUGUUAGAGGGAGAUAUGGCACUGCAAAGAUUACCGACAAUAUUUAUGUCCCCUGAGCCAGUGUCACCAAAAGUAACAGUAAGCAGACUUUACUUGAAGGUGAUUGUUAUGAAGAUUAAUUAUUCCACAACCGUUUUACUGUGUCCACGGUAGUAUAUAGGCACUGUGACAUUAUGCACGUUUUGGAAUGAACACUUGGGCUAUAAGUGUUAUUAGUAUAACAGAUAUAGUCGAUGGAUGUAAUACACAAACUAUAAUACCUGUAGACGGUCAUAUCGGCAAUCAUAAUACUGUAUCACAUUGCGCCACUUAAAGUAAUCAGAUGUUUUUAUUUAAAAUACAAAAUUAUCUAUUUAUAUUUUCUUUAAACAAGACCUAAUGGAAAAAAUGGAUACCUUAUCAUUACAUACAAAUCAUUCAUACUAAUCAUCUGUAGACGGUCAUAUCGGCAAUCAUAAUACUGUAUCACAUUGCGCCACAUAAAGUAAUCAGAUGUUUUUAUUUAAAAUACAAAAUUAUCUAUUUAUAUUUUCUUUAAACAAGACCUAAUGGAAAAAAUGGAUACCUUAUCAUUACAUACAAAUCAUUUCCUAUUCGUCUGUUGUAAUUCAUUUUAGCGAUAAAAGGGAGAUAAUCCACUACAAAAGUAUCUAUUUAUACUUUCUUUAAACAGGCCUUAAUGGAAGAAAGAAUACCUUAUUAUUACAUACAAAGCAGUUUCUAUCUAUCUGCAGGAAUUUAUUUUAACAAUAUAAUGGCGAUAAUCCAUUUAAGAUACUCCUAAAAUACUUCCCGCUUUUUUACGUUGUAAGAUUAAAUGCCAGAGGCCAUAAGUGAUGUAUUUGUAUACAAAUAUGUAUGGAAAGGGGAGUAGGCCUAUCUGUGUGUGAACCAAACAUACAUAUACGUAAAAACAUCAUAUACACUCUACACUGGUACAUAAUUAUAUGUAGAAAUAU